AUGAUGUUCUCCAACACCUUCGUUGCCACUCUCCUUGCCGCCACUGCGGCCGCUAUGCCUCACCAGGCCAGAGACGCCAGCGCAACACCGAGCAGCACGUCCACUUCCUCUAGCGCCAGCCCCUCUUCGACCUCGGGCUCUGGUAGCGGCAGCGUCCAGAUUGUCAACAACAUGGGCUCGACCGUGUACUUGUGGACUACCUCUGCCACUUCUGGCAACAUGCAAACCCUGACCUCCGGCGGGGGCACCUACAGCGAGAACUGGGCGACCAACUCCAAUGGCGGCGGCAUUUCGAUCAAGAUGUCGACUUCCGAGAACCAAGACAGUGUCCUUCAGUUCGAGUAUACCCAGGACGGCAGCACGCUCUAUUGGGACCUGUCCUCGAUCAACCUUGACUCGGACUCCGAGUUCGUCAAAUCUGGGUUCUCCGUUACCCCAAGCGACUCGAGCUGCUCCGCCGCCUCCUGCGCCGCGGGUGACUCCAACUGCGCUGAUUCCUAUCAGCACCCCGAUGACACGAACACCAACUCUUGCUCGACCAGCGCGCAGUACACUCUGACUUUGGGUUAA